UUUCGGGCGUUUCGCUGGAUGCAGACUAUGAUCUUUGCCAUUGAGGAGGUCAACAGAAAUAGCAAAAUCCUUCCGAAUAUUACACUGGGGUAUAAAAUAUAUGAUUCAUGCAGUACACCCCACCAGGCUCUAAGAGCUGCCAUGCAGCUAACUGGAACUGAGAAGAGUUCAAGUGGUGAAGCAGAAAAACAAGGCAGAACCGCCUGUCAAGGGACUAUACCAGCAGUAAUUGGAGAUGGAGGUUCCACUCAGUCUUUGGUAGUGGCUAGCUUUUUUGGAGUUUUCAACAUACCACAGGUUAGUUACUUCUCCAGCUGUGCUUGUCUCAGUGACAAACGGGAGUUCCCUGCCUUCCUAAGGACCAUGCCCAGUGACUUCUUCCAGGUAGAUGCCAUAGCACAACUUGUUCAACAUUUUGGCUGGACGUGGGUGGGUGUGAUAGCAGGGGAUGAUGCCUAUGGACGUGGUGGGGCAAGCAUCUUUGCUGAGAAGGUUAGAAGAUUAGGUGCUUGUAUUGCUGUCCAUGAGUUCAUCCCUAAGAACUGCGCACCAGCUGCUGUUGCAUCUAUCAUUCACAAAAUUAGGCUCUCUGGUGCUCGUGUGAUUCUGGUGUUUGCUGUGGAACAAGAUGCAUCAGUGUUAUUUGAUGCUGCACUCAGGAUGGGGCUCACUGGGAUGCAGUGGUUGGCCAGUGAGGCUUGGAGCACAGCUCAUGUUCUCUCCACCUCAGUAAAGUACCACCACAUCCUCCAAGGGUCAAUGGGAUUUGCCAUAAAACGAGCACAAAUUCCUGGAUUACAAGAUUUUCUGCUUCGCCUGCAUCCCUCGACAAAAGAUGCCCUUGAUGAUCCAUUUUUGGUACCUUUUUGGGAAGACAUGUUUCAUUGCAGCCUGGGUGUGCAAACUGAGGCUUUUGAAUAUAGUGAAGGCACACCCCGGUGUUCUGGAACAGAAGACCUGAGGAACAUGAAGAACAUUUACUCAGAUGUGUCACAGCUCAGGAUAUCCUAUAAUGUCUACAAGGCUGUGUAUGCCAUUGUUUAUGCCAUAAAGGCUUUGAGGAGCUGUGAGAAAGGGCAGCCCUGUCCAGAUCCAGACAACAUAGAACCUUGGAAGCUGCUUCAUUACAUUAAACAAGUGAAAUAUGUCAAUUCAUUUGGUGAUGAAAUAAAAUUUGAUGAGAAUGGUGACCCUGCAGCCAUGUAUGACCUGGUAAAUUGGCAGAUGCAAGCUAAUGGAGAAAUGGAGUUUGUUACUCUAGGAAAAUUUGAUGAGACGGCAACCACGGAAAAACUCCAAAUUCAGGAAGAGAACAUUGUAUGGACUGGCAACCAAACUUCAGUGCCCUUGUCAGUUUGCAGUUCCAUCUGUCCUCCAGGAACCCGAAAAGCAAUUAGACCUAACUUUCCUAUCUGCUGCCAUGAUUGUGUAGCCUGUACAGCCGGCGAGAUCAGCAACCAAACUGAUGCCAUUGAGUGUUUGCGCUGCCUGCCAGAGUUCUGGUCCAAUCCUGAGAAGACAACUUGCAUUCCCAAACAAGAGGAAUUCCUGUCUCUUAGUGACAAUUUGGGCAUUAUGCUGAUGGCUAUGUCCCUUUUUGGAUCCCUCUGUACCACUAUGGUGGUCGUUAUAUUUUCUUGGCACAGAAUGACCCCUUUAGUCAAGGCGAACAACUCUGAGCUUAGCUUCUUGCUGCUCUUCUCCUUGACUCUGUGUUUCUUGUGUGCUCUCACCUUCAUAGGCCGGCCCUCUGAAUGGUCCUGCAUGCUGCGACACACAGCGUUUGGGAUUAUCUUUGUCCUUUGUGUCUCUUGUAUCCUGGGGAAAACUAUAGUGGUGUUAAUGGCUUUCAGAGCUCUAAUCCCAGGCAGUAAUGUUGUGAAAUGGUUUGGGCCUGUGCAGCAAAAGACAAUCAUUACCCUUUGCACAAUGGUUCAGGUAAUAAUAUGUACAGUGUGGCUGGUUCUUGAUCCUCCCACUCCUCUCAAACUCAUACCUCCUGGGAGUGCCAUUGUCAUUCUGUUGUGUGACCAGGGGUCACCCAUAGCAUUUGCUAUGGUGCUGGGGUACAUUGGACUGUUGGCCUGCCUCUGCCUUCUUUUGGCCUUCCUUGCAAGGAAACUCCCAGACAGCUUUAAUGAUGCCAGACUCAUCACAUUCAGUAUGCUGAUUUUUUGUGCAGUGUGGGUGGCCUUUGUCCCCGCUUACAUUACUUCCCCAGGGAAAUAUUCUACAGUCACAGAGGUGUUUGCUAUUUUGGCAUCCAGUUAUGGACUUCUGGUAUGUAUAUUUGCCCCAAAGUGCUACAUAAUAAUAUUAAAGCCAGAAAAAAACACACGGAAACACAUGAUUUCUAAAAGUGUCACUGUAAAACAUUAG